CGCGGAUAGAUAGUCGUCAGACACUACACGCUUUCUCUCUGUACCAUUCUCCACGGCAACCGGCCCUAAUACGAGCACGAAAUUCGACGAUAAUCACUCGCCUCCAUUGCUUCAACUCCAUCUCCAUGGACGACUCUCUCCAAUUCAUCGUCAAUUGAUCGCCAACCUCUCGGUCGCAGCAUAUCUUCUCUUCGACGUCACCCUCUCUGUUUGGUUCUUGCUCUCUGUUUUGAAUUCUUCACCUAGGGUUUCGAAUUUGUUCUGGAUAAUGAAGGGGGUGGUGGUUAUGAAGGCGGUGUGUUUCCGAUUGGUUUCUUGAAGCUUUAGUUUAAGAGUUUUUAUCCAUCAUUUCUUAGGGUUGGAAGAUUUAUUGUGUUGAAUUUGGUUGGAUAGAGAAGAUGUCGUCGGCCGGCGGUGUUGCCGUUAGUAGAAUACGCGAUGAGAAUGCCAUUGCCGCUGGUUAUUUUCAUGACCAGCUGCCUUCGAGCGAGUCGAUUUUGAUAUAUGUAGCUGUGUCGGGAUCCAUGAUUCCAAUGCGGGUUUUGGAGUACGAUUCUAUUGAGUCUGUGAAGCUUCAGAUUCAGACCUACCGAGGGUUUACUGUGAAAAAUCAGAAGUUGGUUUGUGGAGGCAGAGAACUGGCCAGGAGUGAUAGCCUCGUUCGGGACUAUGGGGUGACCGAUGGAAAUGUCCUGCAUUUGGUUCUCCGGCUCUCUGACCUUCAAGUCAUCAAUGUUAGGACAUCCUGCGGAAAAGACUACACAUUCCACGUGGAACGGUGUCGAGAUGUGGCCUACGUGAAAAGGCAGGUUGCUAAAAGGAAGAAAUAUUUAGAUGACAUUGAGGAUCAGGAAGUCAUAUUCAAUGGAGAGCCUGUUGAGGAUCGGAGACUUAUUAACGAUAUCUCUAAGAAUAAUGGUGCUGUGAUUCACUUGUUUGUCCGUAAAUCUGCUAAGAUUAGGGGUAAGCCUGUUCAGAGGAACUUUGAAUUGUCCAUCGAGGCACAACAGUUAAAGGAUAAGGGAGAUGAUGAAGUGGUUAUGAAAAGUGGGUAUCAGAUUGAUGCUGAGAAUAAAAUUGUUGUACCAAGAAGGCCUCCUGACAGAAAUUUUGUUCUGGAGCCCUUAAUUGUUAAUUUGAAAAUUGAAAUACCUUUGGUGCUUAGGGAUUUGCUCAACUCAACAUUUCAGGGGUUAGCAAAUGGUAACUAUCCAAUCAGGUCAUCUGAAGGUACAGGCGGAGCAUAUUUUAUGCCUGAUCCAUCAGGUAAAAGGUAUAUCUCCGUUUUUAAGCCAAUAGAUGAGGAACCAAUGGCGGUGAAUAACCCAAGAGAGCUACCCUCAUCAGUGGAUGGUGAAGGUUUAAAGAAGGGAACUAGAGUUGGGCAAGGUGCAUUAAGGGAAGUUGCUGCCUAUGUAAUGGAUCAUCCAAAGACUGGACGACGCAUGAUUUGUGGGGAGGAGUGGGGCUUUUCUGGGGUCCCACCUACGAUGAUGAUCAAGUGUUUGCAUGGAGGAUUUAAUCAUCCAGAGGGUUUAACUGUCAAGAUUGGCUCUUUACAAAUGUUCAUAGAUAACCAUGGAAGUUGUGAGGAUAUGGGUCCUAAUGCUUUCCCAGUGGAAGAAGUGCACAAGAUCUCUGUGUUAGAUAUAAGGAUGGCCAAUGCAGAUAGGCAUGCUGGAAAUAUUUUGGUGAGCAAAGGUGAAGAUGGCCAGAUUGUGCUGAUUCCAAUUGACCAUGGAUAUUGUUUGCCUGAGAGUUUUGAAGAUUGCACGUUUGAGUGGCUGUACUGGCCGCAAGCUCGCCAGCCUUUCUCUGCUAGCACUGUUGAGUACAUAAAAUCAUUGGAUGCGGAAGAAGACAUUGCUCUCCUUAGAUUCUACGGGUGGGAUCUGUCUCUUGAAUGUGCUCGCAUUCUCCGUGUAUCCACCAUGCUUCUGCAGAAGGGAGCGCAAAGAGGGCUAACUCCUUUUGCCAUUGGAAGCAUCAUGUGUAGAGAGAGCCUGACAAAGGAAUCUGUGAUUGAGGAGAUUGUGCAGGAAGCGUUGGCUUCCAUGCUCCCGGGCACAACCGAAUCUACAUUCCUGGAAUCGGUGGCUCGGAUCAUGGAUCAACGCCUUGAUGAGAUAGCCAAAUGAAGACCUGAGGCAGCAUCUGGGUUUAGGCAUAUAUGUCUUGUAUGUAUAUCUUCGUCCCAGUGCUAGGGUCUUGUAUUGUAAGUCCUGUUUUAUUCUCGAUUCUUUAGGAAUUAACUCCAAAUAAGUUUUGAGGAGGUUGAACAAUGACUUCCCAUUCCCAUCUGGAUUCAAUUGUCAAAUUACUCUUCAUAUGGCAUGAUACUUCUAUUAUAUGUUAAAAGUAAUACUUAUUGAAUACAGCCAA